GAAAUACACACACACACACAAGGGAAAAAAACUCCUCUUCGUCUGACAUCGGUCAACACUAUACAAAAAUCAUAUUCAGUGCAAGCAUUUAUUUGACAUGGUGCGGACGUUUAUGCAUUUACCAUCGAGUGAAUUAGUAACGAAUUUAUCAACAAGAAAUGCGCUUGUGUUUCCAUUCUAUCAGUGAACGAUUGCUGAACGUUUUCAAUUAAACGAGUAUACCUCCGAGUGUCUGGAACAGUAUGAGAAACACAUUCACAUGAAACAGAAAAAUAAAUUAAAUUAAAAGUUCAAUUUUAAAUGAAAGAACUUCGUUUUAAAAUAAAUAAAUAAAUAAGAAACCGCAGUGCAUCUCGUAGAGCGGUCUGUGUGUGCAUAAGAAACGAUAAAUAAUUGUCCACAAAUGCUAAUCCAGCUGUGAAUUAAUUGGAAUCAACGAAUUAAGAAUUUGAUUCAAUGCAAAAAGUUUAGUGAUUCGUCAUUAACAACAAAUCGGUUGUUCAUGCCAACUCUGCCGUAAAAGUGACCAAAUGCUAUGCAAAGCAUCUCGACAAAAGAACUGAUUUCGAAUUAAAAGUUAAUUUAAGAAACAAAGGAGAAAAUUCCGUAAAAAUAAUGAGUGCACCUGCUUCACAUCAAACACAAGGACCACCAGUUCCGCCAGCCAAACCCGUACUGUCAUCGCCCGGCGCGUAUAUGGCAAAUUUUACAUCGUCAGCCACAACACCAACGGCUGGUAUUCACGGAGUGAAUAAAGUCCACGAGAAGCCGGCUAUUGCUGCACGACCCAUUCCACCGCCAACAUUGCCAAAGUAUUCAUCUAGUUUUAGUAAGGUCGACCGAGAUCGCAACGAAUUCGCUGGCAAAAUUGAUAGAGCUGAACGGGAGAAGGAUGGAAUCGGCGGUUCGUAUCGUUUGGCUAGCUUAGAUCGGCUGGCAACGAGACAACGCAUUCUGGAACAGAACGGCGGAUUAGGUACAUUGCCUGAUAAAAACGGUACGAAUGGUACUGAAACAAAUGGUAGCAUCACACAUUCGUUACAAGCUAAAAGGGAAAUGUUCUUCAAAUCGGACUCCCAACAGAGUCCAUCCGGACCACCACCGAAUCCUCCAUCGGUUAAUAAUCAUGUGAGUGCGUCCAAUACACAAAACAAUACUCCGAUCAGUACACCAACGUCAAGUGAAAAAAAUUCAAUAGGCAACAACCACACCAACAAUUCCAAUUCCACCACAAUGAACAAUCUCACCAACAAUUUGAACAACAUCAAUCUGAAGAAAGACAAAGAUAGUCACGAGAACAACCAUCACGAUUCGAAUAAAAUUGCUCACGAACGACAGGACAAAGAGAAGCAACAGGCCAUCGUGCGACCGAAAGUGAAAGAAAUCGAUGGCUACGUCGGUUUCGCCAGUCUACCCGAUCAGGUGUAUCGGAAGGCGGUCAAAAAAGGUUUCGAAUUCACAUUGAUGGUGGUCGGUGAGAGUGGUUUGGGCAAGUCGACCCUAAUCAACUCAAUGUUCCUAUCGGACAUUUACAAUCAGGAACAGUAUCCGGGUCCGUCGCAUAGAAUUAAGAAAACUGUGGCUGUUGAAACGACAAAAGUUUUACUCAAAGAAAAUGGCGUCAAUUUAACGCUGACCGUGGUUGAUACGCCUGGUUUCGGCGAUGCUGUAGAUAAUAGCAACUGUUGGGUGCCAGUCAUCGAAUUUGUUGAAUCCAAAUACGAAGAAUAUUUAACGGCCGAGUCUCGAGUCCAUCGCAAGGCCAUAACCGAUAAUCGUGUCCACACCUGUCUGUAUUUCAUUGCACCGUCCGGACACGGGCUAAAAACAUUGGACGUCGAAUUUAUGCAGAGACUUUGCGACAAAGUCAACAUUAUUCCAGUCAUAGCCAAAGCUGACACCAUGACACCAGAAGAAGUGCAACUGUUCAAGAAACAAAUCUUAAACGAAAUUGCUCAACACAAAAUCAACAUUUACGAUUUCCCCGAACCGUUGGAGGACGAAGAAGAAGCCAAAGUUUUGCGACAGCUGAGAAGUCGAGUGCCAUUCGCAAUUGUCGGUGCAAAUUCCGUUAUUGAAGUGGACGGCCGUCGAGUACGCGGACGUAAAUAUCCGUGGGGAGUGGCUGAAGUUGAAAACUUGGAACAUUGUGAUUUCAUUGCACUCAGAAACAUUGUGAUUCGAACUCAUUUACAAGACUUAAAGGAUGUCACAAAUAACGUUCACUACGAGAACUACAGAUGCCGAAAAUUGGCCGGAUUGGGCGUUGAUGGAAAACAGUCACGGCUAAGCAAUAAUUUAUGCAAUCAAGGCGUCAUGAACUCAUUUAUGACCGUUUGGAAUCCACUCGCUCAAAUGGAAGAGGAGAAACGUGAACACGAAUUGAAAAUGAAGAAAAUGGAAGCCGAAAUGGAGCAAGUCUUCGAAAUGAAAGUGAAGGAAAAGAAGCAAAAGCUCAAAGAUUCCGAACUGGAGUUGACGAGACGUCACGAGGAGCGAAAGAAGGCUCUCGAAAGCUCGAUACGCGAAUUGGAGGACCGAAAGCGGUGCUUCGAACAGGAACGACAGGAAUGGGAAAAUGCAAAUGGCAUCACAUUGGAUGAGCUGAGACGACGAAGUUUGGAGGCGAAUAGCAAAGAAAUUGUUGACGGCAAGGAGAAAAAAGAAAAGAAAAAGAAAGGUUUGUUCUAAGCAUUUAAGUAAAAAUAAAAUAAAACAAAAAAAAAUUAACGAUAAAAAACCCUGUAAAGUUUCGCUCCAUAUUAGAUUUAGCAUUAAACAAAAAAGUAUUUUUCUUUUCUCUGAGUUUAUUUUUGAGAAAAUAUAGAAAACAUUUUCCAACAUAUUUCCAAGCUCUCGCAUUUUUCUUUUUAGUUUAUUUUGAACGUUAAAUAUUAAGAAAAAAGAAACAAUUUUUAAAAAUAAAAUAAAAAAAAGGAAAAAAAAAUUAUUUAAAUCCAAAAGAGAAAAUAUCUAAACAAAACAAUUCUUAUUAAUCCCAAACGAAAAAAGUUUUAAAAUUAAACAAACAAACAAAAGAAAACCUUGUUGCAUAUCGACAUAAAAUACCACACGUAUUUAAACCUUUAAACGCAAAAAAUAAAUAAAUUUUAAAAUUUAAACAAAAAUUGUAUUUUUUGACGUUGUUUUAUUCAUCGGCUAAACACAAACGGUCAUGUGAAAUGUUAGCGAAUUUGUAGACAAAAUGAUGCUCAGCGAAUUAACUUUGAAUUUUGCCAUAAGAAAAUGAGUCUCAAAUUAAACCAAAUUUUAGCAAAGGCAUAAACCAGUGAUGAAUUUAGCAAAUACUCGAACCACAGUGGAUAAUAAUAAAUAAUUUUCUUGUCACAAUAUUGGAGUUCCAGGCCUUUGGGCUGAUUUGAACAGAAUUAAUAGCGUUGAUUAUUCACGCCGUAAGUGCGGUCGAAUUACAAAAUCUUUCUCACCAAAGUCUUUCUAAAGCAGCGUCGUUUACAUACAAGGAAGUGUUGAAGUGUAUUUUUCAGUUCACUUUUUCAUCGACUCGUUCACUUGAAAUUCAAAUUUUUGGCACACUUACGGCGUGAAUUAUACAUUUUGCGACGAUUCGCUUUGUAUGAAAUGUCAAUGUAGGCCUUAGAAGGCUUUGUUGAGCUCAAUUAUAGCGUAAAUUAAUCCUGUAAUGAUAUAAACGUUCGGGCUCACCAGCCUAAAUAAUUUGUAAGCUGUUUUCAUUGAGAACUUUAGGCCAGCCCAAAAUUGGAUGAAAGACAAUUAUUUUUUUGACUUCAUGUCAAUACUGAGAACCUUGGGCUUAUUCAAAUCAAGAAAAUUAUUAAAAGAACUUAUGUCCUACACCUAAGUCUCGGAAGAGGUCCAGAAUUUUACCUCGAUUUACCUGAAUUUUGACCUGACCUGAAAUGACCUGAAACCUGAUUUCCAAUUUCAAAUCCGACCUGUCAGGUCUGGUUCCAGGUUCCAGGUCAGGUUACUUCAAAGGAAAAAUCUGACCUGACCUGAAAUUUCAGGUCAUACAAUUUUUUGACGGUGAUUGACCUCGGUCGAUUUUUCCGAGCCUACUACGCCAUAAAAAUUCACCAUUAUUUUAUGGUGAAUUUUCAACUGUGGUUUGAAUAACUUUGGGCUGAAACAUUUGGUUAAAAUUUUGGGCUGACCAAUAUCACUUAUAAUAUCCAGCAGUGUUUGGGAUGUCCAGAGAUCAAGUUACAAGCUGCCUCAUAAUUCACCAUUACUCUAUGGUGAAUUUUCAACUGUCUAUGCUUUGAAUUCAUCACUGGUGUCUAUCACUGAUAAACUUUGGGCUGAAAUGGUUACAAUUUUGGGCUAACUUUUAUUACUUAUGAAUAAGGUCAUCCAGCAGUGGCUCGAUAGUUGCAUCAAUAAUAAAAAGCGAACAAAUCACAAACGACCCAGCCGAUAAUUUUCAUAUUUACUUUUGUUCCCGUACACAGAUUUGAAUCAUUUUUACUUUCACUUUUUUUACGAGAAUUAUUUAAUUACACACAAAGAGGGAAAAAAAACAUUUAGCGUGAAGAUUUAUCCAUUAUAUAUAGACAUUUAUUGCUAGGAAUAGGAAAGAAAGGAAGAAUAAAUAUUUGAUAAAUUAUAAAUUAUGAAUGAUGAUGAUGAUGAUGUGUCAUAUAAUUAGGUAUACAAAUUCACUAUAGAGGAAAAUACAACAAAUACAAAAACAAAGCUCAACGAAACGAUUUUUUUGUGUGGAAACAAAGAACUUUUACCGAAACAAAUUUAUUGCAAAAUGUUUACAAUGAAUUACGAUUUAAAAAUUAGAAAACGAUUUUAAUGUCCAAAAUAGAAAGGGAAGCACAGGACCAAAAUGAUUAAGUAGAUUUUAUGGAUGGAUCUAAAGAAAAAAGUUUAAAAUAAAAUAGAAAACAUUUGACGCGACAAUUUAAUCGAACUGCUAGUGAUAUUAUAAUGCUGUCGAAGUAUUUACAUCAAUCCUGAUUUUUUACUCCAAUUUUUGCAUCAAUUCAAAUUUAUAAAAGACUCAAACCUAGAACAGGAAUUAGGUCGUUGCACUCGAUAAUGUUCAUGUCUAUCAUCAACUUGAUCCAAACUUACAAAAACGAUAAUCUAUAACCUCAACGGUUGGUAGACAUCAAAAUUUGCUUUGCGAGGAUAACGCUGACAAUGAGAGGAAAUCAGAGAUAAAAUUUUCUCUCUUGCAGGGGUAGCUGUCAAAAAUUUGUAAACUUUUUGACCCGUUGCAGACAGUUAUUUGACUUUGCAGAAAGUUUCGUUUGGAAGAGAAAUUAUUGCUGCAGGUGUCGAUGUCAAAAAAUCAUUUCGCUUACAAAUUUUUGACAGCUACCCCUACGUGACCGAAAAUUUUAUCUCUAAGAUUCGUAGAUUUUCACCAAAAUAUUCAAACAUUGAAUGUAACUCAACUCAAAUAAAUUGAGCGAAAGAACGUUUGAGGUGAGUUUGCACAGAAAGUCACUUACGAAAUUCACCUCAAAGUUGUGUUUGCCACACUUUGGACCAAUCACUUCAAUGAAGGUCUUUUACUCGUAUUUGGCCAUUUAAAGUGGGUUUACAUUACCUCCUUUUUCCACUAAUCAUCCAAACAAUCUCGGCAAGUCUACCGAUGAAUAGUUUCGAAUCUGUCCAGUUCACAAGUAGAAGAAGAAUGUUCAACUGACUUGCACGUCCGGUCCGUAAUUUUGAUAGUUUGAUUUGGACUUAUUAAAUUCAACGUAUUACGAGAACCACGACAGAGUUAAAUAAACCAGGCAUGAUCGGUUCGUUUUUGAAACGUCAAAUAAUGGACCUACUGUACUGUAUGAAAAUGAACUCAAACGAACAAAAUGACAUAAAUUGAAUUCAUUCAAUUCGCAAAAUAUAGGAUAUCUAGAUAAUUCAGGUCCCUAGUCAAAUCAAGCACUCCUCUGCCUGGCUUACUUUACCUCUGCCGCGCUAGAACGAUUUUUUUUGAUUUUUCUUUAUGAUUGCAACAAUAUACUUAUGAAGCGCGCAUAGAUCUUAUAUUUAAAUACAAAAAACAAAAGAAGAGGAGAAACUCUAAAACGCCAUUUUUUCUGCUAUAAUAGAAACAAAAAAGUUUAUAGAAAACAGCUAACCAAUUUUACCAAUUUUGAAAUGUCACAAAAAGGACGAAAAUUAUG